GAAAAAGAUUCCUUCUGCCAUCAGAUGUCUUUCUGCUUGACUGAACUGCACCUGUGGUCUUUGAAGAAUACCUUACACAUUGGGGAUAGAGACAUUGGCAUCUACCAGUAUUAUGACAAGAAAGAUUCAUCAGCGACAGAACAUGGUAACUUAGAGGAAAAGCAGAGACUGGCAGAAUCACGAGAUUAUCCUUGGACGCUCAAAAAUAGACGCCCAGAAAAACUUCGAGAUUCACUCAAAGAGUUGGAGGAACUGAUGCAAAACAGUCAGUGUGUGCUAAGCAAAUGGAAGAACAAAUAUGCCUGUCAGCUCCUCUUUGGUUCAGGUGUGCUGGUGUCCCUAAGCCUUUCUGGGCCACAGCUGGAGAAAGUGAUGAUUGAUAGAAGCCUAGUGGGGAAGCUCAUCUCAGACACCAUCAGCGAUGCUCUUUUCACAGAUAGUUUCAUCAUCUUAUCAUUUUUGACACAAAACAAAUUAUGUUUUAUUCAGUUUAUGAAGAAGAUGGAUUCUUCUGAUGUAAACAAAAGAUUGGAAAAACUCUCAGCCUUGGAUUAUAAGAUUUCUUAUUGUGAAAUACCUGGCCCAGUAAACAGGACAACACAGCGUCAUCUAGCCAUCAAUUGUGUUCAGGAUGUAGUUAUUUGCUGGUGGCCACUGGUCAGUGAUGAUGCAUGGCCUUGGGCCCCAAUUUCUUCUGAGAAGGACAGAGCCAAUCUGCUGCUUCUGGGUUGUGCUCAAGGAAGACUGGAGGUUCUGAGUUCUGUUCGCACAGAAUGGGAUCCACUGGAUGUUCGCUUUGGCACUAAACAGCCUUAUCAGGUGUUGACAGUGGAGCACUCCAUCAGUGUAGACAAAGAGCCCAUGGCUGACAACUGUAUCUAUGAAUGUGUUCGGAACAAAAUCCACUGUGUGUCAGUCACCAGAAUACCACUAAGAUCGAAGGCUAUCAGCUGCUGCAGGAAUGUUACUGAAGACAAACUGAUUCUGGGCUGUGGAGAUUCUUCAGUAAUUCUUUAUGAAACUCACCGUGGAGUGACUCUCUUGGCCCAGGCUGAACUUUUGCCUUCAAUAAUAAGCUGCCACCCAAGUGGUGCCAUUCUGCUAGUUGGCAGCAACCAAGGGGAGCUGCAAAUUUUUGAUAUGGCUCUAUCCCCUAUUAACAUCCAGCUCUUGGCUGAAGACCGUCUACCCAGGGAGACUCUGCAAUUCAAUAAAUUCUUUGAUGUUUCCAGUAGCCUUGUUCAAAUGCAGUGGAUAGCUCCUCCAGUUGUUUCUCAGAAGCCUGAAAGUGGGGACAUCUAUGAUCUCCUCUUUCUCAGGUUUGACAGAGGACCUUUGGGUGUGCUUUUGUUUAAACUUG